UAUUGAUAAACAAUGAUUUUGUGUUUCUUAGGUGAGGAAUUCGACCAAAAGGUAUGACAUUCAUUAACUCUUCUUUUUCUUUUUUAAUAGGUAAUUAAUUAUUUUACACAUGGAUUCUUUGGAGAAAAAGAACAGUAAAGGAAAAAGGAUGAAUUUAGAGUUAGAAUGUCCACCAUUAUCCAAGAAGAACAAGUCACACAAGGAUGGAUUCUCUGUGCAGACCAAAAGACCUUGUGUAAAAGACUUGGUUGCUGCUUGGAAUAGUCUGAGUAAUCUUGACAAAGUGAGGUUUGACAAGAAGUUUGGUAGAAUUGCUGAUGUGUUGCAAGUAGAGCCGGACUGGGAAAUCAUUAGGGCAAGCCUAAGAUUUUAUGUCCCGCAUCUUCGUUGCUUUGUUUUUCUUGAGUUUGAGUUGGUACCUACCAUUGAAGAAUAUUUUCAGUUAUUGUUCAAUCGGCCAGAAAUGAGUUCAGAAGUUUAUGUCCCAGACCCUGUUAACUUUCAAUUAAAUAAGUUGCAAUUUCAGUCCAUACUACAAAGGAUUUUGAACUUUCCUUUAGAGUUCACAGAAGGUUGCAUUAUGAAGAAAAAUGAAGUUUGGGGAGUUAAUUGGAACAUGAUGUAUUCCAAAUUAAAGUUUGAUCUAAGUUCACUUUCUGAGGAGGACCGGUUGAAUUUUGUCGCCUUAGGAAUAUAUGGAAUGGUUAUUUUGCCCACUAAUAUGGACAGUAUUAGUUCAUCAGUUGUAGCCAUGUUCGAGCAGUUGAUCAAGAAUCCAAAUCUUAAUGUUGCUCCGGUUUUAAUUGCUGAAACUCUACGCGAUGCUGACUAUAUUCGAGCUCAUGGCAAGGGUAGAUUCACAUGUUCUGCUAGUUUGUUUACAAUAUGGAUACAUGCGCAUUUAUCAAAGGUAAAUGUCUCCACAAUUAGGGAGUUUGGAAUUUUGCAAAAAAAGAAUCAAUUGGAAAAGAAGAUGGCUGACCAAUGGCAUCAACAAUUCUUGAACUUGAAAUCCGAAGACAUAGUUUGGUGUGUGACAUGGUUGAAGUCUACUGAUUACUUUUAUCCUCCACGUGGCCAUAACUGGAUUCCUUUAUUGGGCGUUCGAGGAGCUAUUAGCUAUAGUUCAGCAUUAGUGAUGAGGCAAUUUCGUGAUAGGCAAAGUAAACCAUUGCUAGAUGGAACAAGAUUUCAGUCACUUCUGAGUUUGAAGAAUGGAGGAAAGUUUGGCUUCAAGACAUAGUUAUCCCUUAUGACAUUCCUAUCAUUAAAGAAGCUAUCAUUGU